ACGAUAUCUCCUCUCUCCCAUCCACUCUCUCCUCCGUUCUCUCUCUCUCUCUCUCUCCCCUUCAUUCUCUCUCUGGGGUUUGCAUGGCGCAGUCCUUUGACGACGCUGACUUCUGGCUUCCCUUGAAGCACCUCCCUCCUCGCCACGGCUCGUGCAUGGGCGGAGACAAGCUCGGGCUCAGCGCCAAUGGCGUUCUCUCCUUUCAUCGGCGCGGUUCUGAGUCCGGACUCGACCGCGAGUAUGCUCAGAGCCUCAGCAACUUCCCCAGCGAGUUCCCCUACGAGAUCGACUCGCCGGUGGAGUCCGUCCUGAGCUCGACCGAGACGGAGAGCAGCGACGAGGACGACCCUUGGGCCGGGCUAGCUCGAGCGCUGACUCAGUCCCCUUUUUACGAGUCCCCCACUCAGAAACUGCCCGUUCCUGGUUUCGCACGCCACAAGCGCGAGGAGUUUUGGGCCAUGGCCGGUUCACCGAAGUCCACACUGAGUGGAAUCGGCAGCUGGUCGAGUCGCAGCCUGCUUUCCGCGAACGAAAGCCCGAAGGGCGUCUCUCAGAUUCCAUCCCCAACCACGGCGUUCGGGGCCGAGAGCGAGACUUGGGAUCUCGUAUACGCUGCAGCUAUGGAGGUGGCGAGGUUGAAGAUGGCAUGCCAGGAAGCGAAGUACAGCACUCACCAGCAAAACAGAGGGCUCGUCUCCGGGAGAAUCGCUAACUCAGGGCUCCACUCGGGUCACCACCGGGUCGCUCACGUUCUGACUCAGCCAGCUCAGCAUCCUCAACAUGCAAGAGAGAACCGAGUGCUAAAACGACAAGCGUCCCUUCCGGUCUGGGAAAGAACAAUGGAGGGCUGGUCCGAGAAUCAGCAACAGCAACAACAGCUACAGUUACAGAUCCAGAGCAGAGUGAAAAAUGCAGGGCUCGUGAAUGCAAGAUGCGGGGGAAAUCAGGGAUUUCCCCAAUCCGCAUGGACUCCUCUGCACAACUGUUCGGGCGCGAGAGCUCCUCCGUUCGUGGCCGGAUCCGGGUCGAAGCGCGAGUGCGCCGGCACCGGCGUCUUCCUCCCUCGGAGAUACGGGGAUUUGCCGGAACCUCGCAAGAAAUCAGGUGGUUCGACGACGGUGGUCGUCCCUCCGAAAGUCGUGCAGGCUCUGCAGCUGAACGUCGACGGCACGAGGGGUCAAGCUCAGCCGCACCUGAAUGACGCUUUUGCCCCUGACCACGCCGCGUUGAUGGCGAGAAGGAAUGCGGUUUUGUCAAAACAGAGGAGCUUAAACCACGAAAUACGGCUCCCUCAGGAAUGGACCUACUGAAGAAGACGAAGA